CAGUUGCAGGAGAUGCUUGCAGCCGCAGCUCGCCUCACCGUGCGGCCGCAGCGGAACAUAACAGAAAAACAAUGUGUGGGAAGAGGGAAGCUGAAUCUUCCCACACAAAGUGACUGAUCAUGGCCAGUCGGUGGCGGUACGGACCUGGCAGCCGGUCGGGAGACCCCGCCGGUGGGCUAAAAACGGCGCGAAUGCCCCGCCAGCAAGAACCGUCCGGGGAGACAGAGGACGCGGCGGAGUCGCUGCGGGAGCUGCCGCGGUGGAUGCGGCUGUACUUCUACGGGAUGCACGGCGUGACUCUGGAUGUCCUGCUCUCGUCGCUGCACGGUGUGUUGAAUCAUCGGGACCCUAAACUGGUGGGCUUCUCCUCACCGUAUCUUUGCAUCAUGCAUUCACUGACCCACUUUGCGCUGGAGAAGAUCUACUCUCAGAAGAGGUGUUUCCGAGGUCGGCCUGUGGUGUUUCAUCUUGUUUUCUACCCGUCGGUCUACAUCGGGCUGCAGAUCCUGAUCGGGAACAUUAACACUUUGACCGAGCAGGUGAGGGUGGUGUCUGGCACGCAGCUGGCGGUGCAUUACAUCCUGGCUCUCUAUUUUGCCCAGGUGUUUCACAGAGGGCUGUCAAAGCUGCAGUAUCACCCCUCCUGCCCCCCCGACCCCACCAUCAGGGAGGACAGCGGUCAUGCACGGGGGCCUCUUCACGGUCUCCCCGGCUUCGUGCGUUUCCUGUUCUUCGGGAUGCACGGCUUCCUGGACGAGGUGCUCUUCACCUCUGUCUUCAACCUUGUGGAGAAGUCCGACCGGACCCUCAGUGGGCACACGUCCCUGUGGUCGUUCCUGAUGUACGGGAGCUGCAGCUUCGUGGUGGAGAAGCUCUACCUGCACCUGCACUUCAGCAGAGGCUGGGGGACGUGGCGGAGGCUCCCCAUCUACAUCUGCUUCAUCUACACAUGGGAGUUCUCCUGGGGUCUGGUCCUGAGGCAGUUUGGCGCCUGCUCCUGGGACUACUCGCACUAUCCUCACAACUUCAUGGGACUCAUCACCCUCCUGUACUUGCCAGGCUGGGUGUGCCUCAGUCUGUAUCAGGACGUGCUGUCUAAUGUCCUGCUGAGAAUCAAGUGCACCAAAGAUGUGAAUGGUUUGAGUGGGGAGAAUGGGGAGCUCAAUGGACAGCUGGAGGCAAAGAAAAAAUGAUUUUAAUAGUCUGGCUCAAGUGAGAGCUAUGAAGAAACAAGUAGGCAUUAUUUUAUUCUAAUUAAUAAAUUAUUACAUCAAACUGAUUUGAUGAGAAAAAGCAUAAAAGCUGAUAUUUUAGAAAGAGCAAGAGAUAAAAUGGUAUAAUGUGGGACCAUUUUGGCCUUAAAAGGUCUGGAUUUCACAUAUCAAAGUAUUUAAGAUACUUCUACUCUUUGGACUGUUGGUCAGCAAUAUGUUGCCAUGACAACAGAUACUGAGAUGUUGAAUACAGGAUUCAACAUUUUGUGCAAUUCAUAUUUUCAGUAAUUCAAGAGUUACUCCAGGGUCCACACACUUGGUACCAAUACGCAGAUGAGACACUUUCCAGUCGCCAGCUCUGCAGCACCUGAUGUUUCUGGGUCCAGUAAUGCAGAUAAAACACAACCGAGGACCCCGAAUUGUUGACCUAGUCUGUUUAAAUUCAGUUAACCUACUGCCAUUUUUAUCUCUCUGAUGUAAAGUACAGUUGUAAUAGUAAUAUUUUACAAGUCCUCAUGGCUCUGGACGUGUGAACAUCCUGUUUUUUUAUGAUUGCAGUGGCAGACCGACCAUCGAAUACAUGACAUGCAUCGUGGCAGCUCUAGUUUGAGUUGGACUGCUUCAUUUCCAUAUGCAUUGCAUGCUUUAACUAUAGCUCAUAUCUGCAUGCUAAGAAGUACAAAAUUAAAUAACAUGCAGAAGGUUUGUAGAUUAGAUAAUAUGAUAUUCAGAAGUCUGUAUUUUUAGGACUAAAAACACACGAACGUCCCAUCUUUCAUGCAAGCAGUCAGUCUCUAAAUGUUAAUUUCUUUUUCUGUUCAAUGCUAAUUCACAUUUAGAAACAAAUCGUCUUGUUAAUAUGACCCCCGACUAAUGCAUGGCAACUAUUAGAGCAGAGAUAAACCCAGUCAUAUAUGUAGCAAGGAAACCUGUAGCUGAAUGGAUAUGAGGAGCUGAGUGAGAUUUUACUGUGAAUCUUUUAUGAACCAAACGUUACUUUGCUGGAGUGCCUUCCUGUGAAAACGGUGUCAACCUGACUCAAACGAACACGGCUCAGCGUCCAUGGGCUCCCGUUUUUAUAUUAGUAGCACCAAAAUGAUCGAUAUAACUACAGCUGAUCAAAUUUACAGAUUUCUAUGUCCAACACAAAAAAAAACAGAAUAGUACAGACUUAUUGUAGAUUCAUAAGGAACCAUUUUUAGUGAAAUACUCCCUAGAUAAACUCCAACAUCGUGCACUGUGUAGAGCAUAUUCUGACACCCAAAUUUGUUUUACAACGGUUUAUGCCUUACUAACAAAACAAACCAAUCUUAGUACCUUGCACUGUGACUAAAUACAUGGUGGUGAAUCUUAGCAAACUUGUCUACUCUAUGCGAGUCACUCUGUGAGGUAACUAACCAUCUUUAGAAAUUACGUGGCUGAUAAACUGAUGGGUUUGCCAGCAGUUUAGUUUUAGUAGAAUUUAAACUUGGUGCUGGAAUCAUUCCUGACAGUCACGAAGAAACCCUUCAUUUCUUUAUGAUUAGAAAAUAUUUUGUAUCGAUCACAACUAUAGAUUCUGAUAAUUUGCAUUAACUUGUUGUAGGAAUGAGUAGUGUUAUCUGAAUAUCUAGAUACGCCUGUGGUUUAAUGGAUGCAAAGCUUGAAUGAUUUUAAAAACUGUUGUUUUUUUAAAUAAUCAUCAGUAAUAUGGAUAUAAUGACAAAGUGGGUAAAGGCAAAUAAUAGAACAGCUAGAACAAUCUGAUAAGUUCAGAAAAUUACAUCACUUUACUGUAACGUAGCCUUUAAAAUCAAGUAAAAGACAUCUUGAUAUAAUAGCGAUACAUGCUCAGCCUUCUCUUAUACACUGUGGGACUGACACUGAAACUGUUGUACAUCAUUAAAUAUAUUAGAAUCAUUCACUUUAGAUUCUUAAAAUAAGAAACUAGAUUUUCUUCCUGUGUGUGGAUGAGUAGGUAUGGGCAUUUUAAGUAACUUCAGUUUUCAAGUACUCACCUUAAGUUAUUAUAGAGCACUCGAGUACUCGUUCAAAAAAUAAUAAUGCAAAAAUAGAAAUGUAAAAUGGCCAACAAAGGGAAACAAGAGCUAUUUGCUAUCAUUUAUUUGACUUCUAUUAGCCUAUCAAACCAUAAAUUCAAAGUUAACAUAAGAAAAAUCAGCAGACUUCCUGUCGAAAGGUUCUCUCCUCCCGCUCAGUUCAGCAUCUGCCCGCUUAGCACGAGCUAAUACUGUAGCAACGGCUAACAUCUGACACCACGCCAUUUAAAGGUCCCAAUAAAAUCAUGCCAACUAAGAAGCGGUUCAACUGCGUCAUUAAUUAAACCCGCUAAAAAACGUUAGGUAUCAUUAGCCAUGUGAUGCUAACAGUUAGCCCUUUCACUGUGUGUGUAGCCCCUUUAACACUGCCUCUACAAAGCAGGAAUUUCACAUCAUUAUGCCGCCUUGCCGAUCUGUGUAAAAGUUACAACCACAAAAUGGGGAGAAGGGAGUUGUCCUAUCUUUAAGCCAGCAUCAGAGGUAAUAACAGCACCAAAACGAUUCUUUAUAAAUGGGACAGUGGCAUGUGUGUGACGUUUUUGCAACCCACCAUGGAGGAUUAAUAAAGUAGCUGGGAGCAAUUAGCAACUAAUUCAAAAAAGAAGAACAGCAGACAAACAUGUCCGCUAAUUUGGGAAAAAAUGUGGUUCGGGAGCUCCUUACCCUCCAAGCAGAGGGUGAGAUGAGCCACCAUAUAACUGAGACAGUAAAUGAUUGUUGUUGCCAUGUUAUACCAUUGCUUGAAGCUGUUGCGUAACAUGUCACGCUUGUUACACCCCUAUUUAUUCCAUAGUAUGCUAUCUAAAAUCAGACACUGGAAUGGCAUGAUGGCCCUGUUGUUCGGUACAAAGUAAAAAUGCAAAGGUGGCAUGAAAAAGGGCCUUUCUGGCAGCCUUAAAGCGCAAUCUUUGUGUCAGAGGGUUUGUGUGUGCAGGUGGACUCUCACCAACUGCACCCUGUUGCAGAGCUCACACUCCUGCAGCAGUAGUCUCAUGAUAAAGAGAGACUGACAGCAGGGCAAGGAGGUGCUGAGUGAACAAAUAAAAUGCAUGCAGCUCUUAAAAAAAGUAAGAUCUUACCCAUUCAAAAUAGUAACAGAAAUAUAUAGAGGUCAAAUUCACAUGUGAGAGGGUCAACAUUGCUUACUUUAUACUGUAAACGAGUGCUGAUGUCCAAGCUAGUACUUGAGUACUCAUGCCCAUUCCUAAUAUUUAGAAGGGUAACUGGCACAGGCAUUAUCAUUUACUUUAUCAACAAAAAGAGGCAUCCAGCACAAAAGGUUUACAGUCAGCCCUACCUGUGGCUGGUGUGUUUGGGGGUUUUUUUGGUCCAACUUGGCAGCUAUAGAGGUUCUUAACCAUUUGCAUUCACUGAACCACAGAGUGAAUGACUUUGUACAUCGUUAAGACUGUAGCUGUUUUACUCAUUCUUUUCUUUGUGCUGUGUUACCUGUUUUGAAAAAGACCAAACUGCUUUUAGAAACUUGAUUUGACUUGUAAUGGCAUGUACUGUACGACUUAACGACUUAAUUAAAUCUGAAAUU